AUGAUUGGCAACCUCACUACCCCGCUCAGAGGAACGUCUCUCGGAUUCAUGAAUGAUCCGCGGUUAUCACCGGCUGUUUCAACCGGAAAAGUGCAUUUCCGAUGUCACAAGGGUUGUACUUGUAAGGCCUUGCUUCAUGCAACAGAGGCUGACCAGGUCGUUGAUUCGACGUCGUGCAGAAGAUGUUCCAGUUUAUACGAAGUCCUAAGAGUCAAACGUAACGCCACGCCUAUCGAGAUCAAGGCUGCAUAUCGCAGUUUAGCGAAGAUUUACCAUCCUGAUACUUCGGAUCUGAAGCAACAUGAUCACAAUGGAAACUUUAUCGAGAUUCACAAUGCUUAUGCCACGUUAUAUGAUCCUGCGGAGCGAGCGAUGUAUGAUAUGAAGUUGAACACGGGAUUAGGACGGCGUUCGGGGUCGUUCACGGCCGGCGGAAAGAGGCGGGGUGUGUACACCUCCCGGCGAUGGGAGACUGAUCAGUGUUGUGGAACCGGUGCACUGAACCGGCCAAAAGCGGGGAAGAUAGGUGUUGGACUAAUGUUUGGGCCAAAAUAUAGAGUAUGGACCAAUGUUUUAGCCCACUACUACGGCCUACAACACAGUUGGCCUGGUUGGACUCAAUAGAUUGCGUCUCCUAAAUCUUAUAUUGUUGUUGACCAUAUAACCC